CCGCAGGUUAGAGGAGGAGCGGGGUUUCCGCUUCCGGCUGGAGCCGGAAGCCACUGUCUCCCGGGUGAACGAGGCCGUCGCAACGAGGGGAGGCGAGGGUGGUACCCAGGGCCAGGCUUCGGGAAAACAGAACACUCCCCGGAGCAGGUUUGCCCUCCUACAGACAUGGGUCGCAGAAAGUCCAAACGGAAGCCACCCCCCAAGAAGAAGAUGACAGGCACCUUAGAGACCCAGUUCACCUGCCCCUUCUGCAACCACGAGAAGUCUUGUGACGUGAAAAUGGACCGGGCCCGCAACACCGGAGUCAUCUCGUGUACCGUGUGCCUAGAGGAGUUCCAGACGCCCAUCACAUAUCUGUCAGAACCGGUGGACGUGUACAGCGAUUGGAUAGAUGCCUGCGAGGCAGCCAACCAGUAGCGAUGCAGAGGACCCGCUCCCGCGGCAACCCUGCCUGCCGUGGACCUGCCCCGCUGGGUGCCAAUCCAGAGACAUUCCAGGGUCCGCGGUGUGGGUCCAGGGCCUUCACAGCCCUCUGCGUGUAUGGAGUGGGUGUGGGUGUGAAUGUGGCCGUGGCAGCGUGCCUGUGGGCACGGACUGGAGUUGAGGCGGGGUUGUUGGGCCCCCCCGGGGGCCUGAAGUGCUUCCCUUGGCUCUGAAAGCCUUUAACUUGCUUGCUCCUCCUCGGGGCCCGCGUCCUGACGUUCUGGGCAAGGACAAGCCCAGCAGAGGCUGCCAAGGGACUCUCCAGCCUCCUCACCCAUCUCACCAGCACCGUGUGGACUGGACUGCCCCCCGCCCCU